CUUCAAGUCACUUACAGCCCUGGUGAACACUACAUGUAUAUUCCCCCAAUGCUUAGUUAUUUCAGGGACGUGAGCAUGGUGAGAGGGAGUCCCUGGUUAUUUGAGAAAAGGGACGAUGGCUGCCACCGAACCAAGAGACGAAUUCGUGUUUCCUGGCGUCUUCAACGACCCCGACAGAGAUGCCUUCCUAUACGGUACCUUUCCCGAAGGUUUCAUCUGGAGUUCAGCAACUGCCUCGUACCAGAUUGAAGGAGCUUGGAAUGAAGAUGGGAAGGGACUAUGUAACUGGGACGUCUUCUCGCACGCCGAGGGCAAUGUAAAGAAUGGUGAUACCGGGGACGUUGCUUGUGAUAGCUACCACAAGUAUAAAGAAGAUGUUGCUCUGAUGAAGGCGAUGGGUCUCAAGUGCUAUCGCUUCUCAAUCUCUUGGCCUCGAGUUCUUCCAGAUGGUACUCUCAACAACGUCAACGAAGCAGGCAUCGCUUACUACAACAACCUGAUCGACGAGCUCCGAGAGAACGACAUCACACCCAUGGUCACGCUCUUUCACUGGGACACACCCCAAACCUUGGAAGACCAGGGUGGGUGGGACAACGUAGACAUCAUUGACCGUUUCAAUGACUACGCCGAGAUCUGUUUCCAGAGGUUUGGUGAUCGAGUUCCGCUGUGGAUCACCUUCAAUGAGCCUUGGAUCGUGUCGGUUAAAGGAUACGGUUUAGGGGAUUUCGCUCCUGGGAUCAAGGAGAUUGGAACGAAGGUGUACAGAGUGUCCCAUAAUAUCAUCAAAGCUCACGCUAAAGCCUGGCACACCUAUGACGACCAAUACAGAAAGGUGCAGUGCGGAAAAGUGGGUAUAACCCUGAAUGGCGACUUCUUUGAACCUUUCGAUCGCUCAAAGAAAGCCCACGUGGAUGCUGCUGAAACCUUCCUCCAAUUCUGUUUUGGUUGGUUUGCACAUCCAAUAUUCGUCAACGGAGACUAUCCAGAGGUCAUGAAGACAAAAAUCGCAUCGAAGAGCAAAUCGCAAGGUCUAGAAGCAUCCAGGCUCCCAGAAUUCAGUGAAGCUGAGAAGGCCUAUGUCAAAGGCACAAGUGAUUUCUUUGGGCUCAACGCAUACACAACGCAAUACGCCACGGACUCACAAAAUGCGUCAUCGCAUCCUCCAAGCUACUGGAAUGACGCGGGUGUCAAUACCUGGCAAGACGACAAGUGGCCCAAGGCUGGAUCCAUCUGGUUGAGUGUUGUUCCAUGGGGUUUAAGGCGACUUUUGAAGUGGGUCCAUGACCAGUAUCAUGUACCCAUCUAUAUCACUGAGAACGGAGUUUCAACCUCAGAUGUAUAUGAGCUUGAUGAUCAACCAAGACAGAAGUUCUAUCGAGCUUACAUCAAUGAAGUAUUAAAAGCAAUCCAAUUGGAUGGCGUUGACGUAAGAGGCUACACUGCGUGGUCACUUUUAGACAACUUUGAAUGGGCAUCUGGGUACAGUGAAAGGUUUGGACUGCACUACGUCGACUUCGAUGAUCCAGCUCGACCCCGAACUGCUAAGAAAUCAGCUCGUUUAUAUUCUCAAAUCGUCAAAGACAACGGAUUUGUAAAAACAUAAUUUUGAUUGACGUUAAAAUAUAUAAUUCCAAAGAAUACCAAAACACCAAAGAAAUUAAUAGUG